AUGGCUGCCGCAACUUCGAUCGAUCACCUUUCCAACCGCAUGAAGCUGGAAUGGCAUUCCAAGCUCAACACUGAGAUGGUUCCGGCCAGGAACUUCCGCCGGACAUCCAUCAUCUGCACAAUCGGCCCCAAGACCAACUCUGUGGAGAAGAUCAACAUCCUCCGCAAAGCUGGUCUCAAUGUUGUUCGUAUGAACUUCUCUCACGGCUCGUAUGAGUACCACCAAUCCGUCAUCGACAAUGCCAGAGAGGCGGAGAAGACCCAAGCUGGUCGUCCCCUCGCCAUUGCCCUUGAUACCAAAGGACCCGAGAUCCGUACCGGUAACACGGUCGGUGACAAGGACAUCCCGAUCAAGGAGGGCACUGAGCUCAAUAUUACCACUGAUGACAAGUACGCGACCGCCAGCGAUGACAAGAACAUGUAUAUCGACUAUAAGAACAUCACUAAGGUGAUCGAGCCUGGCAAGCUCAUCUAUGUCGAUGACGGUAUUCUCUCCUUCGAGGUGCUCGAGGUCGUUGAUGAGCAGACGCUGCGCGUCAGGUGCCUCAACAAUGGAAACAUCUCUUCUAAGAAGGGAGUCAACCUCCCUGGCACUGACGUCGACCUUCCCGCUCUUUCAGAGAAGGAUAUUGCCGACCUGAAGUUCGGUGUUAAGAACAAGGUCGACAUGAUUUUUGCCUCAUUUAUCCGCCGCGGAAGUGACAUCAAGCACAUUCGCGCGGUGUUGGGUGAAGAAGGCAAGGAUAUCCAGAUCAUUGCUAAGAUCGAGAACCAGCAGGGUGUCAACAACUUUGACGAGAUCCUGGAGGAGACUGACGGAGUAAUGGUUGCCCGUGGUGACCUUGGUAUCGAGAUUCCGGCACCUAAGGUUUUCAUCGCCCAGAAGAUGAUGAUCGCCAAGUGUAACAUUAAGGGCAAGCCUGUCAUCUGUGCCACUCAGAUGCUGGAGUCCAUGACGUACAACCCUCGCCCGACUCGCGCAGAGGUAUCCGAUGUCGCCAACGCUGUCCUCGACGGCGCCGACUGUGUCAUGCUGUCGGGAGAAACUGCGAAGGGUAACUACCCUAAGGAGGCCGUUACCAUGAUGCACGAGACGUGUCUGCUGGCGGAGGUUGCUAUUCCUCACUUCCAGGUCUUUGACGAACUGCGUAACCUUUGCCCCCGCCCCACGGAUACCGUCGAGUCUAUUGCCAUGGCCGCGGUCAGUGCCAGUCUCGAGCUGAACGCCGGUGCGAUCCUCGUCCUGACCACUAGCGGUCACACCGCACGCCUUCUGUCCAAGUACCGUCCCGUCUGUCCCAUCAUCAUGGUCAGUCGCAGCGCUGCUGCCACACGGUAUUCCCACUUGUACCGCGGUGUCUACCCCUUCCACUUCCCUGAGAAGAAGCCUGACUUCAACGUCAAGAUCUGGCAGGAGGAUGUUGACCGACGCCUCAAGUGGGGUAUCUCCAACGCUCUCAAGCUGGGUGUCAUUAACAAGGGUGACUCUGUUGUCUGUGUUCAAGGUUGGCGCGGUGGCCAGGGCCACACCAACACCAUCCGUAUAGUCCCAGCUGAGGAGAACCUCGGUCUGGUGAUGGAAUAAGUGAUUCCUGAUAUACGACGAUAGACGGAUGAUGCAAGCAAGACCGUCGGGUGACAAGGUCAUCACUUGUCAUAAAGAACGUAGGAUGCAGGUCUCGUCCCUCUCUGCCAGACGUCUUGACAGCCAUUGCGAGCGAUUUUUCAUACCUGACUGCAGUUCGAGUCAGUUAAUGCGUAGGUCAGCGAUAGAGGCUUAAGGCAUCGGACCAUGCGAAACGUACGGGGGCAAAAAAGGAAGACCUACGGACUUUCAGUGUCACAGGGAUAAUGAUCUCCCUUCUGUUUGAAGUAUAGUCUGCUAUAUUAGAGUCAUUUCUGAAAGUGCAGCUAGAU